CUCGGCACCCCAGAGCCGCGCUGACUCUCGGGCUGCAGGAGCCGCCCCGCGGACGGAACGAGCCGGGCCGGGCCGGGGUCCCAGUGGCGGGUCCCUCCCAGGGGUCGGGUCGGCGGUACCGCUUCGUUCCCGGACCAGCCCGUGGCUGCGCCAGGCGUUGAGGAGCCGGUUAAUCGAACAAGGGUCCCAGCACCGGAGCUGCCCCGGGAAGCGGAGCGGGGCUGGAACCCUGCGAGAUGCACUGGGGCCGUAGCACCCCGCGAGAUGCACUGGGGCCGUAGCACCCCGCUGCCCCUUUGAGCGGAGACGGUGCCAGGGAAGGGGCUCUGCCAGCCAGGAGCAGGGCGGGACCCCCCUGGGGGUAAGGAAAGGGAGCCCCUGCCGUUAACCCUGGCCAUGAAAGGGGGUUGGCUGUGAGACCCCCAGCUCCUGCCAAGAGCCCAGGCAACUUGUGCCCAUCUUCCCCAGGCAAGGGCAGCCAUGGUCUGCUGGUGGGCUGGCUGGCUGCUCCUGCUGGCAGAGGCUGGGGCGGCCCGCCUGGAGCAGGGGACGCUGGAGUCCUGGGCCCAGGAGGCUCCGUGGCCGGGAAACACAUCCGGGUUCCAGGCGAGCAGCCUGCAGCGCCGCCUGCCCCAGGGGCUCAUCAUCGGGGUGCGGAAGGGGGGCACGCGAGCCCUGCUGGAGAUGCUGGCGCUGCACCCCCAGGUGGCUGCUGCCCGCUCCGAGGUGCACUUCUUCAACCGGGAGGAGAACUACCGCCGGGGGCUGGGCUGGUACUGCCAGCAGAUGCCCCUCUCGCGCCCUGGCCAGCUCACCAUGGAGAAGACCCCAGGCUACUUCUCCUCCCCCCGGGCCCCUGCGCGCAUCCAUGCCCUGGCCCCUGGCAUGCGGCUGCUGCUCAUCGUGCGGGACCCGGUGGAGCGGCUGGUGUCGGACUACACCCAGAUCCUGCACAACCGCCAGGCGCGGUGCAAGCCCUACCCGCCCCUGGAGCGGCUCCUGGUGCGGGGGGACCAGGGCCUCGACACCCGCUACAAGCCCAUCCAGCGCAGCCUCUAUGCCCUGCACCUGGCCCGCUGGCUGGCCGCCUUCCCCCCGGCCCACAUCCACGUGGUGGACGGUGGCAGCCUGAUCCGCGAGCCCCUGGCUGAGCUGCGCCGCGUGGAGCAGUUCCUGGGCCUGGCGCCCUGGCUGGGCCCUGACAACUUCUACUUCAACCAGACCAAGGGCUUCUACUGCCUGCAGGCCGGGGCCCGCCAGCGCUGCCUAGACGAGUCCAAGGGGCGGCCCCACCCGCCCAUCGCCGAGCUGCUGCUGGAGCAGCUCUGCACCUACUUCAGUGCCCACAACGAGCACUUCUUCAGCCUGGUGGGGCGCACGUUCAACUGGUGCUGAGUGGGCCUGGGGCCUGCAGGGACAGAGCCCCCCACGGCAGAGGCUGUGAAAUGGGAGGGUGGGGGAAGUUGGUACCAGGACAGGCAGGGAAGUUUCCCCCGACCCCCCGAGCUCAGAGGACCUAGGUGCUCAGAGCAGGAGGCGAGGGGGAUCCUGCUGGGGCUGUAUCCCCUGGACACAGGAGUGUAGAUGGGAAAGGGGGUGGGAGGAACCAAUCUGGGCAGGAGCAGGGGGGCUCCUCCCUGCCAGGACAAGGCAGAGGUCCAUAGCUGCCCCAGAAGCACACUCCUAAAAGGGCCCAGAAAGAAACUUUGCCCCACAGAGUCGUGGGGCAAGGCAGGAUAGCAGGGGGGAUGAAGGGACAGGGGGCUUCUACAAUUCAGGGCAUCUGCCCCCAUAUUCCCCCUUACAGGCUACCAGCUCCCAACCUGCCACCUCCCUGGGGGGACUGGAGCCCCACCUCUCCCAACAGAGGCAUUUCCAGGCUGCCCCCUUUCCUGCUACUGAAUUCCCCAGCCAGCCUGCAGUGCCUUCGCUGCAGGCUAUACAGAGCACGAUGGGCCCCCCUUGAGUUAUGCCCCAGCUCUUCCUAAGCAAGCCCCAGCCUAAGGUGAAAACAUGACAAAGCUCCCCUUAAACCCAACAGACCCCCCCCCCCCG